AGUCAGUGCCAGCACCUCCUGCUUACGGCUCGGUGGCUCUGCGUGGGCUCUGCCAGCCUCGGUCAGGGCUCCCGCUCGUUUCCUAGUUCUCGGGGAAGCCCCGGUACGCUUCUCCGGAGGCCAUGGGGCGACAGUGGGGGCCCGCCACAAGGGCAGCCGAGCAGGCGGGCUGUGUGGUGAGCGCUUCCCGGGCCGGGCAGCCCGAGGCGGGCCCGUGGAGCUGCAGCGGGGUGAUCCUGAGCCGCAGCCCUGGCCUGGUGCUGUGCCAUGGGGGCAUCUUCACCCCCUUCCUGCGGGCUGGCAGCAGCGUGCUGACUGCGGCCGGCGCCGCCUUCCUGCCCGGGGGCAGCUGCGGAGACGACCUGCGCCUGAGAGUGCAGUGGGGCCCAACGGCCGUGAGUCCCGCAGGCCGCGCGGAGCGGGGCCGCCGCGGGCUGUGCUCGCCCCAGUGCGCCGGCCUGGAGCCCGGCCCGCCCAGCCCGGCCCGCGGGCGGCCGCUGCGGCCCCCGCGCCCCGCAGAGCUGCUGCUGCUGCUGAGCUGCCCGGCCUUCCGGGCCCACUUCGCGCUCCUCUUCGGGGGCGAGGCAGCCGAACAGUGGCGCUUCGCAAGCGCGGUGUCAGACGAGGAGGUGUCGGAAGACGACGAGGAGGAUCAACUGAGAGCGCUGGGCUGGUUCGCUCUGCUGCGCGUGCAGCGCGGCCCGGAGGAGGCGGCCGAGGAGUGCGGGCCGGCCGUGGCCGUGGCGCCUCUCGGGGCCGUGCCCAAGGGCGCGCCGCUGCUGGCCUGCGGCUCUCCGUUCGGGACCUUCUGCCCGGACAUCUUUCUCAACACGCUCAGCCGCGGAGUGCUCAGCAACGCGACCGGCCCGCUGCUGCUCACCGACGCGCGCUGCCUGCCGGGCACCGAGGGCGGCGGAGUGUUUGCGGCCCGGCCCGCCGGGGCGCUCGUGGCCCUCGUGGCGGCGCCCCUCUGCUGGAAGGCCCGCGAAUGGGUGGGCCUUACGCUGCUGUGCGCUGCAGCCCCUCUGCUCCGUGCCGCCAGAGCCGCACUCGGCCGCCUGCGCCCCGAUACCGCUGCCCUGGCCGCCCUCCUGCCUCAGGAGCUGGGUGCCCCAUGGGGUGUGCCUCUCCGAGACCCCGGGCCCCUUUGGGCAGCCACGGCGGUGCUAGUGGAGUGUGGCACUAUAUGGGGGUCAGGAGUGGCUGUGGCACCCCACCUCGUAGUGACCUGCCGGCAUGUGGCCCCUCGGGAGGCUGCUAGGGUCUUGGUGCGCUCCGCCUCCGCCAAGAGUGCUACGAUCUGGGGACAUGUGGUAUUUGCCACCCAGGAGACAUCUCCCUAUGACAUAGCAGUGGUGAGCCUGGAGGAGGACCUGGGCGGUGUCCCCACACCUGUGCCUGCUGAGCAUUUCCAUGAAGGUGAGACUGUCAGUGUGGUGGGCUUCGGUGUCUUCGGCCAGGCCUGCGGGCCCUCAGUGACCUCAGGCAUCUUAUCGGCUGUGGUGCAGGUGGAUAAUACACCAGUGAUGCUCCAGACCACGUGUGCCGUGCAUGGUGGCUCCAGUGGGGGACCCCUCUUCUCCACCAGCUCAGGGGAUCUUCUGGGCAUCGUUGCUAGCAACACCCGGGACAAUAACACAGGGGCCACCUACCCCCACCUGAACUUCAGCAUUCCCAUCACAGUGCUCCAGCCAGCCCUGCAGCGGUACAGCCAGACGGGCGACCUGGGCAGCCUCCGCGAGCUGGACCAGGCCACCGAGCCAGUGAGGGUGGUGUGGCGGCUGCAGCGGCCCCUGGCAGAGGCUCCACGGAGUAAGCUUUGAGGCUGUGUUGCUCCUCUGGAAAGAAGAACAACCAUUUUAUGCCCAGGCAGUGCCAAGGCUGGAAGUCUCAAGACCCUGGCAUGGCACACCCCAGCUGGGCUGCCUCCCCUUCACCACCCAUCUGGUUCAGCUCUGGAGUCUGCAUCAAACUUCUCUUUGUGUCUCCAACCUAGCAGCCUGUUUCAGGGCAUUUCCUGAGCCCCUACUCUCUCUGCCCCUGGUAGUAGACUCAGCUGUUGUUAUGUCCCCUUCUGGGGAGCCCAGUACAACUGCACCACAGCCCUGGUUCUGACAGGCACAUACUGGCUGGAAGGCAGGGCUGGCCCUGGUUUCUAAUCUGUUCCAUCUCCUGAUGGCUGCUGGUGGUCUGGAGCAGCUGCUUCACUGGGCUUGGGGGCUAUUCAGAAAACCUCCGCAGAGAAGGCCAGCUGUGAAGUCCAGAGACAAGGCAAAGAGCAUCUUGUUCUAUUAGACCUACAGGGAGGGGCAGCCCCGAGAGUCCGGACUCCUGGGUCAUGUCAGGGGUUGCUGGUCUACAGGGGCAUUCUGACACUGUGCCUUCAUUUUCCAGCCCAUGAAAUGGGCCUCAGGGCUGUUGGGUAGAAUGUGUCUGGUUGAGGUUUGGGAAUAAAUAGGACAUAUGGAAGAACCUCUAUACUUCUAUAUAUCAGAUUCUUUUCUUUCUUUGUGGGGGUUGAAUCAGGAAUAGAAAAGCACCAGGCACAGAAAUACAUCUCUUCUGUCCUGCUUUCUUGGCAGGGUCUGAUCUUAGGUGAUAGUUUGGAGCCAGACUUGUCCUGAUAGCUGGUCAUAGUGCCAGUCAGCGCUGCGUGGGGCUUGCAGAUUCUGGAAGAUGGUGGUCCUGGCCCAGCAGGAAGUGUUUGCAGAGUGCCUGGGAUGUGCUAGGCCCUAGGGUGAGUGGGAGCUGGGGAAUUCAAAAGUAAAUGAGGCCCUAGGAGCUAAGACCAGCCCUGUACAUUAGAAACAUACACUGUGUGCCCAGGGCCUUGCACCUGCAGGCCCUGAAGAAAUGAUGGUUCAAUCAUUGAUAGGUUGAAUGCCAGUGGGGAUGACUUGGGGGUAAUUCUAAGCAGAGAGAAUCACUGGGAGUACUUCGUUUCUAGCACCUAUUUGCUGAGUGCCGCCUCUGGGCAACCAUAAAACACUUCUGUGAUGGUUCUUCCCUUUGCAGAUUAGAAAUGGGUCAAGAGGGCAAAAUUAGCUUAAGAAAAACUCCACUGUAGACUAAUGGAGGCAGAGGUUAUGGCUGAGGUAUGACUUUUCUGGGAAGGGAGAGGGAAGAUUUAUUCCAGAAUGUGGGGGUACUAAGGAGCUCAGGCUGUUAUGGUAUGUGAGCCCAUUAGUGCACGAGCAGGGCGGCUCUGUCCUGGCCAAAUUGAAGACUGUCCAGGGGCUCAGGGAGGCUGGAUCAGGCAAGGCUUCAUCAAGGUGACUCGUGAGUUGCAAGCCUAGAAGGACAGGUGUUCACCCAGCAGACUGAAAGUAGGGAUGGUGUUGUAGGAUAAGAGCUAUAGGAGCUGGGACAACUAAGUGAAACCACGUACAUGUCCGGCACUGCCAAGUGGAGAGAAAACUGAAAAGGGAAAAGAUCAGAGGCUGGAGAACCCUGGUGGCCCUGGUGAGGGAGAUUCGGCUACAACAGGACUGGUGGGCAUGGAGAAGAGCACGCUGUGGCAGAAAAGGGACUGACCGACGUGGGCAGGGCAGAGAGAGAGACAGGCCUGAUGGUGCCUGGAUUCUGGUGAGGUGAUGAUCAGUGGCUGACACAUUUAGGGACAAGGUAUUUCCUUGGGGUGUCUUUGGGACCUCAGGUAGACAGGAACAGCAGGUGUUGAAUAAGUGGAUGAGUUAGGAUCAUGCAGUGAAAGAUUCCCCUUCUCCCAUCUCAGUGGCUGAAGACAGCGGAAGUUUAUUACUCAUGUCAAGUCCAAAGUAGUGUACUGGUGGGAAAGAAGGGAGCAGUAAUGGGUGAGGGACCCAGGCUCCUCCCUCUCGUGGCUGUCAUUGAGUCUGGGACCUCAGAGUCCUCUGCUGGGUCCUCUAUACUUGGCUAGUGAUGGGGGAAGAGAGAGAGGAGAAUAUAUUCUUUCUUAAUUUUAAAAAAUAAUUUUAUUUAAAUAAUUUCAAACUUAAAAAAAGCUGCAAGAAUGCCCAUACACCUUUCACCCAGACAACCGCAUUCCCUUCUUGCCAAAUGCCCCAGAGAUGUUCUUUAAUACAAAAAGAUCUAAUCUGGGAUCAUGAGUUGCACCCACUUGCUAUGGCUAUGUCCCCCCUUGACUUUCAGCACCUCAGUCUUUCCUUGCAUUUGAUGCCCUUGACCUUCCAGAAGAUAAUAGGGCAGUCAUUUCAUAGAAUGUGCCUUAGCUUGGGUUUGUCCAUACUUUCUCUUGAUUAGAUUCAGGAUAUGGAUCUUUAGCUGGGCUAUAUUAGUGAAGCAGUCUUCUUAUCAUUGUGUCCUACUGAGUGGUGUACAGUGUUGAUUUGUCCCCCUACAGAUGAUAAUGUUGAUAAUUUGAGUAAGAUGGUACCUGCUAGGUUUCCCCACUCUAAAGUUCCUUUUUUUCUUUGUAAUUGAUAAGUAUUCUUUGUGGAUAUGUUGGGAAAGUUGAGUUUAUUUUCCUUGGUUCUUGUCCCUGCUGCAACAAAGACCUGAAGGGCAGAGACACAGUAGUGAAGUAAAGUAAAAGAUUUAUUUGAAUGCACUUCAAGAGAGGAGUGGACCAGAGUCAAGGUUUAUUUGAUUACACUCCAAAGGCAGGUUUAUUUGAUUACACUCCAAAGGAGGAGUGGGCUAGAGUCAAAACAGGCAAAGGAAGGUUUACCUGAAUAAAGCAGAGAGUAAGGAAAAAUAGAGAGAGGAAAAAGCAGCUCAUUGAACUGCUACCCAGCAUAAGGGCAUAAUCCCUUGCCAACUCCUAAAGCCCGCAUCACCUGGCAUCCAGUGUCGGCUUGGAUCUGCACAGUGUGGGACCUACUCCCCACCACUCCAGGAUUGGGGGGAGCCUCAGAGCACUGGAUGGAGUGAGAUUAUGUUCUGAGAAUUCCAAAGGCAAAGAAAAGAAAUUUUCAGGCAGACUUCUAAGGAGCAUGAUUGAAUAGCUGCAGUCCCGUCUGGGUCACCCAGGUGACCAGCACUUGCAAGCCCAAAUCAGAACUCUCAGCAGCCUCUCCCUACUUAUCUGAAGUAGGACAGAGUGACACACUCAAAGAAAGGGGAGUGUGAGCAACCUCAGAGGAGGUGUGCUUAAGGGUUUGGGGUCUGGGGUUUUAUAGGGCCUUUUUGGGUAAGGGUCAGCAUAAAGCAUGAUGUAUACAGGUGAUUCAUAACUUAGGUCACUAUGUUGGUUUGGGACAUCAGCAUUCUUUGUCCACAUAGGUUUAUUUACACUUCUAAGUCUGUCUCCUGCCCUGGUUACAAAGUUACUUGAAUAAAGAGCUGUAGAAAGAGGAAAACACAGCAUAUAGGUUAAAUUAAAGAAUAAGCUGGGCCUUUCAGUAGGCUAAAGUAAAUUUUACAAUGGCAUGAUCUAAUAGAUACAAUGAAGGCACUGGGCUGUGCUCAGAUACUUUUCUUUAUGUGGGGAAUAUCUGGACUUUCCAAGUUCUGACCUUUGGAGCUUCAGCUGAUUAACUCAUUAACUCUGGAGUCCUUUCUGGCUCUCGAGUUUUAUCUGGUUAACUCUUUUGAGUCCCUUUCAGUGGGCUUUUCUGGCCUUAUUCUCCCUUCACCUGCUCACGUUUAUUUUUCCACCUAGGAGAUUCAUAUUUUAUCCAAUGGAUUAUAAUCUAUCAUUAUUAUUAUUUAUUUUGAUGCUCAAAUUGUCCAAUACUGGCUGGUGAGAGGUCCUUCACACUAGUUUUGUGUUCCCUUGGUAUCUCCUGGUUACUGGGCUGAGUUUGUACUCCUCGGAUCUUGUCUCCAUCAUAACAAAGAAGUGAGAGGCGGAGACAAAAUAGCAAAGCAGAGCAUAAGUUUUUAUUUCAAUAUACUCCAAGCGAGGAGUGGGCCACAGUCAAGGUAGACAAAGGCCCUGAUCCAUUAGUUGGGGGAUCUUUAUGUUACAUUCUGGCUAGGAGGCACCUCUUUGACUGGCUAGGUGGGGAUUAUUUGAUUCACAGGCUCAUCCCUCUCAGUGAGCAUGUCCUUUCCCACCAUGACCUGUGGUUUGGGCAGUUCUGUCCUGGUUAUGCCCACCUUGGGAUCUGGUUGGGACCGGUUUGGCCUGAUCUAGAUAGGAAGUUUUCUCCCUGCAAAGCCUUUGCUGUCUUCACAUGGGACCCCCUACUGGGGGCAGAGUUUGGGUGGCUAUCUUUCUAUUUACCCCCUCCUAAGCCAUGAGUUAACAGGAAUAGUUCCAAUUUGAAUUCAGUUCUAUAAGGUUCAUUCUGGCUCUCCUCUUUCAUGUUUGUACCUCCCUUCUGUCAGAAACAUGGUUCCAUUAUCCUCAAUGUAUUUUUAUUAAUCUUUUAUUAAAGUUACCUUGGAGAACCCAUGUGAAAAGUA